CAAAUGCUGGCUCAUGUACGCCAUUUUGGUUUAAUGUUGUGAAACUAGCGGUGGUUACAUUGAUUUUUGGCUAUUUGUUGACUAUUUGUUGGCAUUUUUUCAAUAUGUUCUCAGAUCCUAACCUUUAUUCAAAUUUUGUAAAGGCAUCAGAACGUUUAUCUGGCGAAAAUUUUCGAAAUAAUAACACAAAAGUAUGCCAAGACAUUCAGGGAAGACUGUCGGGAAGGGAAGCGAAGGAGUUUUAUGACGAUCUUGUAUCAUCAACAGUUCAUAUCAACGAUACAGACAGCAGUAGAAGAACAAACUUGAAAGAUCCUUUCAAUUUGGGUGACAAACGUGUUGAAAGAGUGUCGAAACGACGUCAACUUGAAGAAGCAACAACUACCACAACAAAAUCAGCUGUUUGCUCACAUAACAAAUCUAGAAAAAAAUGUUUAAGAAGAAAAUCAAGCGAGAAUGACGCUGUAAGCAGUCGUUUUGUUAACAAAUAUCUGCAACAUGCACAGAACGGUGACUUGAAUGAAGUGAAAAUAUUACUAAGUGAUGAUAAAGUUGACAUAGACGUGUGUGAUCAAUUUGGUUGGACUGCUCUGAUGUGUUCUGCAUAUAAUGGACACAAAGAUAUUGUGAAGUAUCUUUUGAGUCAAGGAGCUUCUUGGAAAAACACAAAGAACGCUAGAGGUCAGACRGUAUUAGACCUCUCAAAACUAGCCAAACAGCAAGACAUUGUUGAACUUCUGACUAAUUGGGAUCUUGUAAACUGUAGAAGUAGCAGGAGAAAGUACAGUGACAAAGCUACACGUAGUCCUUUUUGGUGUUGUAUAUGUCAGCAAGAUUUCACAGAAGACAAGAAGAAACACCAAAGCUCAACAGUGCAUUUGUUCAAUUGUCAACAUAAACCUAAGGACACUUAUUUUUCAAUUCCCAUCAACAAUCCAGGGUACAAGAUGAUGGUCAAGUCUGGAUGGGACGAUGAGAAAGGUUUAGGUCCAGAGGGUGAGGGCAGAAAGUACCCCAUCAAAACAGUUUUGAAAAGAGACAGAUAUGGUCUUGGCAGUAGCAAAUCCUCCAAGCCAAGAGUGACCCAUUUUGGGCCAAAUGAUGAGGAAGCUGUUAAAAUAAAGAAAAAUCAUGAAAGAAAGGAAUCCAAAAGAACUUUAUCAAAGAAACAGAAGAGAAUGAAAGAAAGCAAGGAAAAGGCAUGGGAACGAAAUAUGAGAUUAUACAUGAACACUUAAUUAUUAACUUGAAUUAACUAACAAGCUGCAAUAAGAUAUGAAAUUUAUGAUAUCAAAAAUAAUAUUUGGUUUAAUGGAUUAUUUCAAGAUAUUUUUUAAAGCAAUUUGUCAUUUCAAUAAUGUAGGGGGAUAUUGCAAUAAGUUACAUAUGGCUUGACAAGGAAAAAAUUGACAAUACAAUGACUCCUUUUUAUACCAAUUUGAAAGUGAAUUUUUCUCCGAUCAGUGCUUUUUUAUUAAGAAGUCUCAUGCAUUUCAAGCGCCAUUUUUCAAGCCUAGUAGUUUGUUCUUCUUCUACAUGGGGAGUCUGAAGUUCUGUUGUUGCAAGUGUUUGUUUUUCAUGCUCAUUAUGAGCUUCCUUUGCUGCCAUGCGAG